AUGCCAACUUCACUGCCAGCCUGGCACAAGAGGACCAACCUCCUGCUCUCACUGCUCUUUAUAACCUACAACCAUCAGGUCACAGGGUCACUGCUGGAAAGUCUGAUAGCCAAGCGAAAUGAGUACUCGAAGAACUGCAAUAAAACUCUGGUAGUGAGCGCACCCUCAAAAACUGGAAACUACUGCAAAGGAGAAUUUGACAUGUUUGUGUGUUGGCCCCAUUCCCAUUCUGGGAACGUGUCCAUCCCCUGUCCUUCGUUCUUGCCGUGGAUCGGUGAGGACACUUCCAGGAGGGCACACAGAGAAUGCUUGGAAAACGGGAGCUGGCGGCCGAUGGAGAACUCCUCCGAGGCCUGGAGGGAUGUCUCAGAAUGCUGGGAGCACCAUUACUUUAAAGACAAGGAGGAUGAAAUACUGCGUCAGACGGCCCUCAGGCUCAUCUCUGUCAUCGGAUACUCCUUGUCCCUGGUGUCUCUCACACUGGCCACUCUGCUAAUGGGCGUACUGAGGAAGCUUCACUGUACCCGGAACUACAUCCAUAUGAAUCUGUUUGUGUCAUUCAUCCUGAGAGCUGUAGCUAUCAUUUCUAAAGAGAUCAUAAUGCACCUCAUGUAUUCCAACUUACCAAAGGACGACCCUGGCUGGAACGCCUACUCAAACUCUACGAUCGUGAUAAUCUGCAGAUUGUCCAAAGUGUGCAUGGAGUACUUUGUGGCCUGUAACUACUUCUGGCUCUUGGUGGAGGCCGUUUUCCUCCAUACGCUGCUCUUCACUGCUGUGCUGACCAAGAGGUGUCUGCUGAAGAAAUAUAUGCUGCUAGGAUGGGGAACUCCCGUCUUGUUUGUGACACCGUGGACAGUGGUGAAGAUUUUAUAUGAAAACAAAGAAUGCUGGUCCAUCGUUAACAGAGGGUUCUGGUGGAUUAUAAGGGGUCCGAUCACAUUAUCAGUGCUAGUUAUUUUCUUCAUCUUUAUCAAGAUUCUGAUGUUGCUGCUGUCCAAGCUGAAAGCAGAUCAGGUUAAAUUUACCGACUACAGAUACAGCUUGGCCAGAGCAACACUGGUGCUGAUUCCCCUGCUUGGAAUCCACGAGGUGGUCUUCACCGUGCUGAUAGAUGAAUGUGUGGAGGGGAGCAGCCGCUAUGCCAGGAACUUUGUCAACCUCACCCUCAGCUCUUUCCAGGGAUUCUUGGUGGCUGUUCUGUACUGCUUUGCUAAUGGAGAGGUGCAAGCUGAACUAAAAAAGCGCUGGCAGCUUUUCUUGUUCACCAACCACUUUAAGGUCAGGACCUGUUUUCAGGGGGUGCCCCUAAAGCACCUGUGGAAAUGUACUCGAGGACGCCACCCACGGUGCUCUCGACAGAGUGACUCUUAUGACGAGGGCGGGACUUCGGCGACACACCCCCACCUGCUUCGGGUGGCCGUCCACGGAAGAGGCAGGGAAAUAGGAGAAAUUAAGGGUCAAGCAUUGAAUGGUUAUGAUGUGACGGGGCUUGAGUUUCUCACCAGGAAGAGUCUGUCCAGCAGUGAUGGUGAGAUGACGCUCGGGGAGACCAUGGAAGAGAUUCUGGAAGAGAGUGAGUUCUGACUGGAUUACCAACCAGGUCAUGUUUCCAGUGCAGUGGCCUUCUCUGAAUCAUGGCAACUCACAGCCAACAAGGUGGAUUCAAACUGCACAGUGAGCAGGAGGUUUGAAUGUAUGGAGAGGAGGGGAACAGGAACCCUCGGAGAACAUUUUUGCAUUGAGGUUCUAAUAGGUUAAUGCACUGAGCAUGGUUCCCAGUAAAAUAAAUCGUUUUCAGUCAGGGUUCAUGUUACCACCUCCCAGUAUGAAAGGUGUUUA